UGCAGACAACUUCCUGUUAGUACCAGCCUUGCUGGCUGCUUUGGUUUCAUUUACACGGAAACAGCAACCUAAAGGGAGUUACCUCUGCUCCUACACAAACAAAGAGCUCAGACACAUGACAGCAACAGACUAACGCAGGAUGUUGAAGACAGGAAGAAUCACGAGCUGCUGUGUGGCUCUCCUCCUGACCCUAACCUCUGUGUUAGCUGGAAAACGGGCACUGAAUUCAAUCAGUGAUCUAAAGUCAAUCGACUUUGGACAAACGGUGCCCAAACACAGCCUCCUGUUGCUCCACUGGUUUGCUAAUGAAAUUGACAUCGACAACAACAACAUCAUCCUGCUGACCUUUGAGCCAAAUAGUGGAGACUUCGGCUCACAUCAUUACGGAAACUACGAGAGGGUGUUAGACCCACUGCCGAGGGGAUACCGAUACUACACUGUUGGCAACAUCAAUCAACAAACAUCGCUGCCAAUGCCAUAUUAUGUCAUCCACCCACGGGCGGAGUACCCAGCGAGAAACAGGGACAGGAUCAUAUUCAGGGUCAGAGAGCAGAACGUGGGACGCCAAACUUCACAAAGGAUCGAUCAAGUGUAUAUCACACAGCAUUAUGAGCAAUCUGAAAAUCAGGGCACGAGGUAUAAUCCAGAGCAUACAUAUCAGGUGACUACCAAUCUGCUGACGGAGAUCAGAGAGUUUUCUGUGGAAGAAAAUGACAUGAGCUCACUGACGUAUCUCAGAGACCGCUUUGGAAGCAGUGCUGAUGAUUCCCAACUAUGGCAGAUAAGAAACACAUGGGGUGAGCUUGCUUGUCUUGGGCUGUUUUUGUUUAUUGUGAUCCAGGAGAAAUAUUCCACUCACAAACGCAACAACAGACCUCAGCCAGCACCAAGAAGGAACACACAAACUGAUUUUGUGAUCAAUAUCCCAGAGAGCAGGCAUAAUAAUCCUGUUGGAAUGUUUGCACAAAUUCAAGUGGAUCAUAGAGAUGAGAUAAGACUGAAGGUGACAACUGGAAAAAAGGGAAAUGCCAGAAUUAUUUGGAGCGAUGUUCCUAGACAUCUUCUUAAAGAAGGUGUGAUGGUGGCACUUUACAAGAAUGAUCAGGAAGAGGACGCUCUCACUUAUAAAUCUAUUGGGAACAGAGAGUCGGGCAUUUAUGAUACAUCAGUACCCCUGAAUGAAGGCCUUCAAGCACGACUGCAUGAGGUCAGGACUGUAUGUUGCUUCUGGAAAUCAUUAGGAGAUGAGAUAGACAGAGGCAGUGAGUUUAAAAACCCCAGGGCUGUGAAAAUACCAGGUUAUGAUGCUAACCUGCAACUCUUUGCAAAAGACGGCAAGGCUUGCGCUCGCUUAAUAGUAAAUGAGUCUUUCCAUAACUGGACGUCUGAAUUUAAAAAGGCAUGGGUAGGCUUCUAUAGUUCUGAAAAUAAAGCCACAAAAAACCAUGAAUGGUGGCAGUGGCAGUGGGCAACAAAAUUCAAAGAAAACACUGAUUUUCAGGACAUGUUUUAUGAUAUGUAUGAGUACAAGUCAGGUAUGACAAUCGCCCCAGGAGUGCAAGCACGCUUCAUUAUGCAGGAUGAAAUUGAGAAAGCAAGAACCUCACCCUGGGGGGAAUAAAGAUAUUGAAACAAAAUUUAAGAUAGAAAUAUUAAAUUAACCUGUACAUACGCCCUUUCAAAUAAUAGCUGAAUGAUUUUUAUUAAAUAAAAAAAGGCAAAAUAAGAUACCAGACUAGUGAUGUCCGUACUGUAUAUUUAAAGGUAGAUUUUUAGUAAAAACAAUCAUAUAGUAGUAGAUGUAAAGGUAUUUCAGGUCCUUCAUCUCUAUGCUGUAUUCUGCUGAAAACAGACAUGAGCCUGUAAGAGCUCAUUGCAGAGAUACUGGUACUAAUGUGCUGUACUUCAUGUGGCCAGAAGUUUUUGUAAAGCAGUGAUGAACUGGGUUUGAGUCAAUCAGAAACAAUGUAUUCAUCAGCCCAUAAUCACAGAGCAGUGUUAAAUGUCCAUUUAUGGAAAAAGGAAGAAAUCCAUGGGAUCAGUGUUAAUUUUUUAUAUGUAUGUA